CAAACAUAUGAAGAGCGUACAUGUAUCUUUCAUCAACAGAUACACUCUCUCCCUCAACUCUCCACCGCAACAUCCACUUCCGGCGACUUCUCCGAUUUUUUUCCGGCGAUACCUCAUCGGAAGCCAUGGCCACGGCCACAGAAUGAGUCUCCGCCGAUCGCCAUGUCGGUCUCCUGCUCCAACUGCGUUCCCGACUCCUUCCUUCUCUGCGGCGAGGACUCCUCCGGAGUCUUGUCUGGAGAAUCGCCGGAAUGUUCCUCCGACCUCGAUUCCUCGCCGCCGUCGGAGGAGGAGUCCAUCGCUGGAUUCAUCGAAGACGAACGACACUUCGUUCCCGGAUUCGAAUACCUCAACAGGUUCCAAUCACGCUCUCUCGACGCCACGGCCAGAGAAGAAUCCGUUGCAUGGAUUCUCAAGGUGCAGGCUUAUUACGCUUUUCAACCUCUCACGGCUUAUCUUUCCGUUAAUUACAUGGAUCGAUUCUUGAAUUCUCGGCCAUUGCCGCAAACCAAUGGGUGGCCAUUGCAACUUCUAUCAGUUGCGUGCUUGUCUUUAGCGGCAAAGAUGGAGGAACCUCUAGUUCCGUCACUGUUGGACCUUCAGGUAGAAGGUGCCAAAUACCUAUUUGAGCCAAUAACAAUUAGAAGAAUGGAGCUACUUGUCCUGGGCGUCCUGGAUUGGAGACUAAGAUCGGUUACUCCAUUUAGCUUCCUCGAUUUCUUUGCCUGCAAGUUAGAUUCAACUGGAACUCUUUCUGGGUUCCUCAUCUCACGUGCUACGCAAAUUAUCUUGUCUAAUGUCCAAGAGGCUAGUUUUCUUGCCUAUUGGCCAUCAUGCAUAGCUGCAGCGGCCAUUCUCCAUGCAGCUAACGAAAUUCCUAAUUGGUCUCUCGUUAGACCCGAGGAUGCCGAGUCGUGGUGCGAGGGGCUAAUAAAGGAGAAAGUUAUAGGAUGCUACCAAUUAAUGCAAGAACUUGUUAUUGACAAUAACCGGAGGAAACCCCCUAAAGUGUUACCGCAGCUGCGAGUGACAUCUCGGCCCCUUAUAAGGUCUAGUGUCUCGUCAUUCUCAGAAUCAUCCUCUUCUCCUUCAUCCUCAUUGUCUUGUAAAAGGAGGAAAUUAAAUAACUGUUUGUGGGUAGAUGAUGACAAAGGAAACUCCCAGUGAAGAGAAAAAGAGCUGUAAUAAAGGAGGAAAAAAAAGAAUGAAAUAAGGUGGUGGUCCAAGUUGUCCAGAAGCCUCAACAUUUUUUAGAGGGUAUUUUUGAGUUUAAAAUUGACUAGAGUCACGGUGUACAUUAUAAUAGUAUAGACUAUUUUAUGAGAGUUGUGAACCUUUAUUAUUGUUAUUAUUGUUUUGUUGGUGGGUGUGGCCAUUCAUCAAUUGCUUUGCAGAUUCCCUAGGGAAGGGGAUUUUGCAACAUAAAUAUAUUGUUGUGGAAAAGUGUGUGAGAGAGAGGGAAAAUAUAGAAAGAUGCAUUUAAUGGUUUGGUCGAGCAAGUGUGGAAGAAAGAAGUGGGGAGUCUGGAAUUCAAAGAUGCGCUGGUUAUCGGUGAAAGAGAAGAGAAUGGUGGGACAAUGCUUCAGAGCUGGUAUGAAAAAAACAGAGUCGCAGAGCAAAGAAAUAAAUUGGGUAGACAAAUAUUAGGCUAUUGAAGCUUCGAAGUUAGGGCUGUUUCUUAUUAUGGGAUCUCUAAGUCAAGCUUCUUAUCUUGACCAGCAUCUUCGCUUCUUCAGUUUACACGUUACUUUUGAAAGUGUGAUGAAUACCACUACAGUACAAAAACCUAAUAGCAAUAAGAUGAAGCUUGCCACAUUUUGUGGACUUUUUUCUUCAGAUACGCGUGAGACGCCUCUGGUGCGUGUCUCGCACGUGCGUAUGUGUGAUUUUUUUAUGUUUUAGUUAUGGCGGGAACUGUUUUUUAUUUCCUUUUCUUUUAGGCUUGAGCUUCGGCCUAACUAUACAGGAUCCAUUGCCUGGUGUCCACCCGUGAUGGAAACACGUGUCUACAGUUUUACCUUUAUCUUGGAUUUUUUCAUUUGUUUCUGAGAGAGGAGAACCCUCUUUUUUUGUAGUGCCUAAUUGGCUUUGGGAGAAUGGGAGAAAGGUCUUUGGGGCCUUUUCCUGUGUGCUUUGUAUUGAAUUCAUUAAUAAUGACAAUGUUAAUUUUCUAAUUUCUUUCA